GUGCCCACACCCACCCCGAACAGAACACACUUUAGCUCGAGACCUCGUCCUGCACACAAAUACUUGUGUCCCCCUCGCAAUCUCGCAAUCGCCUAUUUUCAAAAAUGCUCGCAAUUCAGGUUUUCCUGGUCUCCUGCUUAUGUGGGGCGGCCCUGUGUCAGGUGGAGGACGACCCUCAGAUCGUGGAUGCUGGGCCUUUGGGGAGAAUUCGUGGCGGAGGAGGGCUGACCAUGGAGGAGAAUGGAGUACGACGACCCUAUCUGCAGUUUAGAGGCAUCCCUUACGCCACAGUUCCACAGCGAUUCUCUCCGUCAACCCUGCUGGAGGUGGACCACGGGAAUGGAGACAUAUACAACGCCACCUUCACCCCGAACUCCUGCUACCAACCACUCCUCCCAGAAGUCCUGCUCACGGAGGACUGUCUCUUUCUGUCCGUCCACACGCAUCAGAAGGACACGGGGAACGACGCGGACCUUCGGCCCGUCCUCUUCUUCAUCCAUGGAGGGGCAUUCACCGUUGGGCAAGGAUCCUCCUUCUCUGGAAUUCGCAUCAUGAAUCGUGACGUAGUCUAUGUGAACUUCAAUUAUCGACUGGGGCUCUUGGGCUUCUUCUCCCUGCAGAACGAAAUCAUUCCGGGCAAUGCUGGGAUGUACGACGUCGUCAAUGCACUCCAGUGGACCAACAAGUACAUCAAAUACUUUGGCGGAGACCCAAACUCCAUCACGAUUGUGGGACAGAGUGCAGGAGCCGUGAGCGUGACGGAGUUGAUGGUGUCUCCGAUGGCGCAGGGUCUUUUCCACCGUGCCAUCGCUGCCUCGGGUUCUGCCCUCAACUCCUGGGGCACCACCACCGACUCGGCCAAAGUGCUCAAGGGGGCCUUGGACGUGUCUCAGCGGGCGGGAUGUUACGAUGGGGUUUCCAAUCCAAAUCUGAGUGCGAUUGGACAAUGCAUGCGAACCGCUCCGGCACUAAGCCUCGUCAACAUCUUGUUCGAGUACCAGAUUGCUGAGCGUAAAGAGGGUCGACUUGGUUUUGACGUCGUGUCCCCCGUCGUCCAGUCCUUCGACAUGACGGCACAUCCCAAAUUCCUUCCUGAGGACCCUGCCGUCGUCUUUGAGGAGGGGCGAGAAGCUGCCGUUCCGCUCAUGAUGAGCACCACGAAGCACGACGGGUCCUAUGCCAUGGGUGUCUUUUACAACAGAUUCCUCAGAGACAAUGACCUCCACAACAACGUCACGUACCUUCGCUAUGGUUUGGUGCCCUCUAUUCUGACAGCGCUGGGUGUUCACGAUCGUCCAGCUGGGAUUCAUGAAACGAUUGCUCGCACCUAUCUCGGGGACGCGCGGCACUCGGGGAGCUUCCAGGACAUGUAUCCAGGACUCAUGGACAUCUUUUCCGUCUUCUUCUUCAAAGGAGACUGCUACAAGACGGCUCUUCUUCACGCGAGGAACCCGGCCACGCCCACCUUCUGGUCAUCCUUCGAAUUCAUGGGCAACGUGAGUUUCUGGGGUCAACUUUUCCCAGGCGACGUGCCGCCCCCAUUCCCAGGCGGCGUUGCACACACUGAUGAUCUCAUCUACGUCUUUGCCCUCACGUUCCUCCCGUUCAGUGAAGCUGAGAGUGCCGUGUCCUCACAAAUGAUGUCAUAUUGGGCAGAUUUUGCCACAGAGGGGCGACCGCAUCCAGAUUGGCCCCAGUUACUGAAUGAGAACGAAGCCUUCUGGACAGUGGAUCUGGUGUCUUCAAGGUCCAUGAACUAUCAAACCACGUGGGUUGGUCCGGGCCAUGAAGCAGCCAAACCUACACCCGAACCAGAGCCAACAACUGUUGACCCCGUGACCACGGCUGACCCCGACGUUGAAUCCACGACUACGUCUAGACCUACAACGCCACCCACUCAGGCAUCCACAAGCCCAACAGAAGACACCCCCACAACGCAAGGAUCCCUCCGCCACCACGCCUCUUACUUUGUCAUCGUCCUCCUGGCGUGCCUCCCACUUAUUUUCUCUCAGUAAUCCAAACCCUUUCUCCACCCCAAAUCAAACAUUUUGAUAUUUUUAUCCAAGAAUAAUCAUUGUUGUUAUUAAUAGUUGAUUAAGAUGAGACUGCGUACGUAAGUUA